UUUUCACCGGCUCUCAGCUCCUCUGCCGACCCAUUGAUCACUGGUUCAGAAUAAGAAAAUGAGCCGGCCUGCUGUGCACCCAGUGGAGGCUGCACCGAUGACGAUAGAGGCGCCCAGAGUGAGGAUGAAGGACUUCCAGGGCAUGCCCGGCACCACCGGUGGCCUCUUCCUCCGCCUCUGUCAGUUCGUUUUCGCCGUCGUUUCUCUCUGCGUCAUGACCACCACCUUGGAUUUCCCCUCUGUUACUGCAUUUUGCUAUCUUGUUGCUGCAGUUGGUCUGCAAAGUGUUUGGAGCCUGUCGCUUGCAAUUGCUGACAUAUAUUGCCUUUCGGUUAGACGAAGUUUUAGACAUGUUGGAGUUAUCAGUUUAUUCGCCAUUGGUGAUGGGGUUACUUCGACUCUAACUUUUGCUGCUGCCUGUGCAUCUGCUGGUAUCACUGUCCUAAUUGGCAAUGAUCUGGAUAAAUGUAAUGUUAACCACUGCACAAGAUUUAUGUCAGCUACUGCCAUGGCUUUUCUGAGCUGGUUUGCCGUCUCUCCAUCUUUUCUUUUGAAUUAUUGGUCGUUGGCAUCCCGGUAGCAAGAAAAAAAUGCACUGCCGAGUGCCGACUUUUGCUUCCUGGAUGUUUCUUGCUUUCAUAGGUCAAUGAAGGAGAUAUAGAUGCCUUCCUGUCUAUAUCAGUGAAUUUUGUACUCGCAGAACAUAAUGGCAAUUUAUUAUUUUCUGGAGUUGGAAACAAUAUAUAUUCUGCCUGAGAUAUAUUAAAUAUGUGCUUCAAUUA